AAUGAGCGGUUGGUUGUGGGGAAAUUCUUCUGAUUCAACAAAUUCUCCAAAUUCUAUGAAUAAUGAACAACAAACUCAAGCAAAUAUACAACCACCUAUGGGAGGACAGCAACCACCUCUUUUUGUUUUGGAGCAAUUAAAGCAUGCUGGGGUUCCUUUAAAAGCUCAAAUGACUCCGUAUUUGCAGUUGGAUCCAGCAAUUUUCCGUGAGAGUCAACCACAAAUUAUACUUCCUGAAGGAUAUGAAAGUGGCAGAGGAAAAUUUGAAUUUUAUAUGGGAUAUAUUGGCUGUGCUGUUGGUAGUGCUUUUUUUGUUGGAAGUAUGAGAGGUGCUUUUGGGGAAUUGAACAAUCCUUUAACUAAAAAUUUGUUGAUUAAUACAAAGUCCGUAGCAAGUAGCCGACCAGGAAUUACACGUCUUUUAAACGCAGCAACUAAAUAUGGAAGUGGUUAUGCUCAAGCAGCUGGAACCGCCGUUUUUGUUUAUUGUAUAUCCGAAUUGUUAUUAAAAACUGCUCGUUCACAAAUUUUUGGAAGCAGUGACGAUUUACUCAAUUCUUUUACUGGCGCUGGAAUUGCUGGAGCUUUGUAUAGAGCCCCCUAUGGAUUGAAAUCGAGUGGGUUGGGGGCGGCUGUUGGACUUGGAUUAAUGGGACUUUGGACGAUGGUGGAUGGAGAUAGUAGACGUUCUUUGGUUGAAAUGACGAAAAAUAUGUUUUGAAUUUUUUAAUUUUUUUUUUUGAAUUUUUGGGGGGUAGUAAGAAGAGGGGGGAAAUUGUUGUGGUAAAAUGGAGAGAAAUUGAGCUUUUUUUAAUGAAAAAAGGUUUUGAGUUUUUUCGAAAUUUUGUUUUCUGAAACUUUAUUUUUUCGAGACUGAUUUUCUCGAAAUUUCGAUUU